UGACGUCUUAGACAUGAGACGCAGAGCUUCACCUCUUGGCUCACUACCCCAGCGUACCGCAAGGAAUUCCUUGAUAGACGUCCUAACAAGCGGGAACACCAAAAAGGCUCUCAUCGAGGUUCGAGCCUCAGACAGAAAACAUGACAGACACAAAGCGUCUUGCUUUCUCCAUAAUCCAGUUCCUUCAUGAUCAACUUAACAGUGGGGGAUUAUCUUCAGAUGCACAGGAAAGUUUAGAAGUUGCAAUCCAGUGUCUGGAGACAGCCUUUGGAGUCUCUUCUGAAGACCAGAGUCUAGCAACCACACAAACAUUACCAGAGAUUUUUGCAUCAGCUACAGACACGCAUCAAGAAACCCUGCAGGUAAAGAUCAACCCAGUCCCCCAUUCCCCUACUGAGGAGGAAGCUGCUGAGGCGGAGAGACUCAAAACAGAAGGUAAUGACCAAAUGAAAGUGGAGAACUUCAGUGCAGCUGUGGAAUUUUACUCCAAGGCUAUUGAGAUAAACCCACAGAAUGCAGUUUACUAUUGCAACAGGGCUGCAGCAUACAGCAAACUGGGGAACUAUGCAGGAGCUGUACAGGACUGUGACCUUGCUAUUGGAAUUGACCCCAACUACAGCAAAGCAUAUGGAAGAAUGGGGUUGGCUCUGGCAAGUUUAAACAAACACACAGAAGCUGUAAGUUACUACAAGAAAGCUCUGGAUUUGGAUCCAGAAAAUGAGACCUACAAAUCAAACCUGAAGAUAGCUGAGCAGAAAAUGAAAGAAACACCGAGUCCUACUGGGGGAAUGGGUGGAGCUGAUCUGGCAAGUCUGCUGAGUAACCCUGGGUUCAUGAACAUGGCUUCUAAUCUUAUGAACAACCCACAAGUGCAGCAGCUGAUGUCAGGAAUGAUGUCAGGUGCGUAUGGCCCCAUGGGGGGAACAGCAGCUCCUGGGGGAGGGGGGACCAAUGACCUCUCAGGUCUCAUCCAAGCGGGCCAGCAGUUUGCACAGCAGAUGCAGCAGCAGAAUCCAGAGCUAAUUGAACAGCUGAGGAGUCAGAUUCGCAGUCGGACACCUAGUACUGGCAAUGAAGAGCAACCCUCAGAGGGAUAAAGAUUGUAUGAAGAAAAGUGAAGAUGGACUGUCAUUAUUUUCAAUAUUUUUUGGAAUUCCAGGGAGAAUAUGUAUUAUGACAUAUAAUACUUGCAUGUUUGUCUACAUUUUUUAUGGUCAGUCUCCAUAAGAAAUGAGGGCUAAACAGCAAAUAAAUGUAGACUCUGGACAAGCAUUUUUUACAGAAAUCAAUUCAGUGAUGUGUCUGGGAUGUGUCAGAUUAGCAUCACCUCAAUUAUACUGAGAGAUGUCACAUUGGUGUAACGUGGUUUUACUGUGGUAUGUAACUAAUCAUAGGAAAUUAAAUAUCAUGAAACUGAAUCAGUAAACGGUUCUACACAAAAUAAGAACUGCCAAGAUUUGUUGUGGCCUAAGUGCAGAAAUGCAUUUCUUGCAUUAGUUGCAGUUGCUUUUUAUUUGAGGUAAACUUGGAUACUUUAAAGUGAUUUAGUUAAACUAUUGGAAUUUUAAAAACAGUUAUUUGUACAGAUAUGUGAAAUGGCAAGGGAAUAUGUAUAGAAUGCUGUCAACUUGAUAUUAAAUGGAAGAAUUUGCAAAUAGGAUUUUUAUGGUUGUCAUCCGUUGUCAUUGGACAAGAAAAAAAAUAUUCAAACCCUCAAACACAUAACAGACUCCAAUCCUACAUAUUUUUGUUUUAAUUAUUGAAAAGCUUGAAAAGCAGUCCUUGAAAAUGCUGUGGGUUCAAACAGUUUUUACCUGGCUUUUUUCCUAAUUUAGUCAAAACAAAAUAAACAUUCUUGAAAUUUUGGCUCCUAGCCUAUAUUCCGGUCAGCCUGGUGAUGCUCUUUGUCUUGGGAACUUUUCAUGCAAAAAUCAUACAAGAAUCAAAAAAGGCUUUGGUACCUUAUUUUGCUUUUUUUGCUGGUUUGAAAUUAUAUUCAUGCAGUGCAUUGAAGAUUGUCACUUUUUAGAUUGGAACUAUAUAGUUUGGAACUAUAUAGUGCACGCCAGAUUUUAAUUUUAUGUGAAUUGUGCAUGGUAUGGAAUUUGUAAUUCUGAAGUGUGCAUACAGUGGCAGUAGCUUUGAGUGGAAGGGGUGAUGAACAGAUUUAUUU